AUGUCUAUCAACACCGGCAACGUCUUCAGCGCCAUGAACCUCUCCGAAUACAUGUACCAAAGCCUCCCCAAAGAAUCAUCGCCACAACUCAAGAACCCUUACGACGCCAUCGCCCUGCUGAGCCAUGCUUGCAUGCUAGCCGUCGGCUUUCGACUCGUCGGCCUCGGGGAAGAUCACAAGAUUGAAGCUACGAUAGACCUCCCAGACGCCCAACCCCUGCCCAAACAGUGGAACUCCUCCACAUCCGACGACUACGCCUUCCGGUACGCUCACAGCCAAUCGGCCCUCCAAUACCUUCUCAAAAUCGGCCGCCUCGGCUCCAAAGCCGUGAUCAACUGCCUGGCCAUUGGGGAUGACAAAGUGCGCACCUUUGACCUCAAACCCAAAGAGUUCCUCACCGAGUCCUCAUUCCCAUUCACGAUGCCGUCUUCCGAAGGGGCGAACGAAGCAGCCUUGUCGAUACGGAAAAACUUCAUCUCGGCGGGGCGGAUAACGGACGCGGCGUCACUGCUGAAGAUCCAUAUCCUUCAAAAGGUGGCGCCUGGGCUGCAGAAGGAGGGAUACGAGGACUCGGCGCAUGCCGCCAGUCAGAACAGAGAAGAGAAUGGGGCUAGACGACCGGGAUCAGGACAAGAGACAGCAGGUGCACCGGCCCAUGAUCCUCUGCGCGAAGAUCGCUUACCUCCUCUCGCCCAACCACGGCCUUAUAAUGACCCGCUGGCUGCCGAGCCACGGAGACCGUAUCCAGCCGGUGACUUCCCUCCACCGGGGUUUGAGGACGAGUAUGAAGUCAACGGACCGAGAGGAGGGAUAGGUGGGGAGAGGAGGCCGCUGAAUAUAGGGGAGAGGGAUCUGUAUCCGCCCGGGCUGGGACCGCACGAUCCUUUGAGAGGCGGAGGCUUCGGACCCGGCGGCGGAGGCAUGAACCCCACGUUCGACGAUCCUCUGUUUGGCGGGAGGGGAGGAGGCCGGGCCGGUGGCUACAACGCACAAGUCCCACCGGGUGCGAGAUACGACCCCAUCGGUCCCGGCGACGGACCCCGCUUUCCGGGAGGAGGCGGCGGCGGCGGCGGCGGUUUCGGCGCAGGGGCUCCACCGAAUCCGUUUGGAGGCUUUGGCGGGAACGACUUCAUCUGA